CCGUAACGUGGGGUUUCCCAGACCUGAGUGCAGGGUUACCGCGCCCAUCUCUGCUGUUUGAUGGCCGGAGGAAGAAGCGACUGAGAUCCUGGCGUGAAGGAAGAAAAAAGAGGGACGACGACGGUGGGAAAGACAAGAAGGGAUUUUUGCUUUGAGUUGGAAUUUGCGUUGAAACGGAAGAACGCUCACACGGGACUCUUGAAAGGUCUAUCUGGGUGAACACCGCCUUGUCUCUGUGCCGGUGUGUCUCCCUUCUCGGCGGGUCAAAAACUGGGUUCGGGGAGUGCCGCUCCUCGGUAGCUAAACUAGCUAAAUCUUAGCGCCUGGGCGGAGAGAGGAGAGACAAGAUUUUGCGGUUUCCAGUCAAUGUGAUAUAAACAACGGAUACCCUCGACUGAAAGCGGAUCAGAAAGAGACUAGGCGGCGGAGCGAAGCACACCAUUAGAAGAGGAAAAUGAGUGAACUGGAUCAGCUACGCCAGGAGGCUGAGCAGCUCAAGAACCAGAUCAGAGAUGCCAGGAAAGCGUGUGCGGAUGCUACCCUGUCUCAGAUCACAGCUAACAUCGACCCUGUUGGCCGAAUUCAGAUGCGCACUAGACGGACACUGAGGGGCCAUCUGGCUAAAAUCUAUGCCAUGCACUGGGGCACUGACUCGAGGCUUUUGGUCAGUGCCUCCCAGGACGGAAAACUCAUUAUUUGGGACAGCUACACCACAAACAAGGUCCAUGCCAUCCCGCUGCGCUCCUCCUGGGUGAUGACCUGCGCCUACGCCCCCUCUGGGAACUACGUCGCCUGCGGUGGCUUGGACAACAUCUGCUCCAUCUACAACCUGAAGACCCGCGAGGGAAAUGUGCGCGUCAGCCGCGAGCUGGCCGGACACACAGGUUACCUGUCCUGCUGUCGCUUCCUGGAUGACAACCAGAUCGUCACCAGCUCUGGAGACACCACCUGCGCUCUGUGGGACAUCGAGACCGGUCAGCAGACGACCACAUUCGCCGGUCACACCGGUGAUGUCAUGAGUCUCUCUCUGGCGCCCGACACCAGGCUGUUUGUGUCCGGAGCCUGCGAUGCCUCGGCCAAGCUCUGGGACAUCAGAGAAGGAAUGUGCCGACAGACCUUCACUGGCCAUGAGUCGGACAUCAACGCUAUCUGCUUCUUCCCCAACGGCAACGCCUUUGCCACGGGUUCAGACGACGCCACCUGCCGGCUGUUUGACCUGCGUGCCGACCAGGAGCUGAUGGUUUACUCACACGACAACAUCAUCUGCGGCAUCACCUCCGUGGCGUUCUCCAAGAGCGGCCGCCUACUGCUGGCCGGCUACGACGAUUUCAACUGCAACGUCUGGGACACUUUGAAGGCCGACCGCGCAGGUGUCCUGGCCGGUCAUGAUAACCGGGUGAGCUGCUUGGGCGUGACCGACGACGGCAUGGCCGUGGCAACAGGGUCCUGGGACAGCUUCCUCAAGAUCUGGAACUAGAGUCUGAAGAUGGCAUCUGGACUCCAAAGUUGAGUGGAAGACCAUUCCAACAUCACAAUGUUCAAUUUUAUUGCAUAUCCAAUCUUUUCAAAAAACACCAUGAUACUGACUCCAAACACCCCAAAAAACUAUCAAGGGCAAAAAUUCUCUCUUUCUCUCCUUCUCAUUUAAAAGAGCACAAUUGUCUGUCAGUCAUUCAGCUACACACACAAAAACAGAAAAACAAAGGUUUGAGGAAUCUAGUGGUUUUCAAAACGGAGCGGAAAAAUGUCCAUUCCUCCAUCACCAUGGUCUGGUAUUGUAGUAAGUGAAAAUACAAACACCCCACCGCUGCCGCCGCCACCAAACAAACGUGUCCUCAUCACACACAGCUCUGAGCGAAGGUUAUUACACGACAGUGAUCUAACUCUUAAUAGCUUUUUGGCCAUGUUUCUUUUAUUGUUUUCAUUAUUCCUUUUACGUCGAAGAGAAGUAGAUCAGCGAACUGUCAGGUAAUGUUUAAAAUGAGGAUCAAAGCUUUGUUUUAUUUCCUAGUCUUUACACAUUUUAGAGAAUGUUUUUAAGUGGAAUACUAGAAAAUCACGACAUUUUAAAUCCAGCUUUAUCCCACUGGAGAACAAAGCGAGAGAAUUGAGCUUCAACAGGGAGUCCUCGAGCCACUUCUGGCCCUUCUGUAUAUUUAGCCCCAUGAUACUUUUACUGUUUUGUUUUUUUCAGUGUAGUCCACAAAAAUCUUUGUUUGCACAAAAAUUAAACUUUGCAUAUAUAGAAUAAUGUCUAAAGGAAAAAAAAGUAAACUAACCAAGCACAUGCUGUUUAUGAUAAUGAAUGCUCGUUUUUAAAACGAAAAACUACAACAAAAAAAAACCAUUUUAACCGUUCUUACACCUUUUUUGUCUGGCGACAGUGUAGAAUAAUCAGAUGAAGAUUAACCCAUCGGAUCAUAAUCCUCCUGCCCCUCUUUUUUUAUUCCUUUUUUGUUUUUUUCUCCUUUAAUUUAGUGUUUUUCUCCCGGUUUCUGUUGCUCGUGGUUGGGACCGGUGAUGUGAUUUGGUCGGGUUAGGGAGUACCUCCACUUUAGCCCGGUUGCAAUCCGGACGUUUCUCUUUUAACAGAGGUGCCCAUUCCGUGCUUGGAAAUGCAGUUACUACUCUGUGAAUGACAUGUUGUAUAAAUCAAUGUUUGAAAAUAAUGAUAUUGAAACUUUUUAAGUUAAAAACGAAAAAAAAAAAGAUUUUGGUUGUCUGCCAUGGGUGGGUUAUCUCUUAGAAUCGCAUGCUGUAGAAUUGCUUAAAAAGGUGCAUAUGGAAUUAAGUCCUUUGAUGUUUUUCUUUAAGAAAAUAACCUGUUGAAUAUAUCAAUACAAUGGUAUUUAUAUUUUUCUUUUUUUCCUUUUUCUCUUUUUUUUUCUUUUUUGGCUACUCCGUGCAUACAUGAUUCAACUAAAAUGUCAAAGCUAUGCACUUGAGAAGCAAACCCUGCAACAUAAACGGUUACUCGGUCCAUACUUGGGAGGGAUUCCACAAAUUAAGAAGUAACGUAAAUGUUUAAAAUUGUACACACAUGCAUACGUACAUUCAUUCACCUAAACAUAAACAAUCUCAAACGGAACAAAUCAAUUGUCAUUCCUUCUGUAGCAAACAAAAAUUCCACUUACAAAGAAAAACAUUUUAUAACAGGUUUUUUUCUGUCCUUUAAUAAAAAAUGAAAAAAAAAUCUUGCAGCAUCUGAAUGGCAGAAUUUUCUGUUGUUCCCCUUCUCCUUGUAAACAGAGACGCUCUUUCUUUAGCAGUAGUGACAUUUUUUUCCAUUCUGUUUUUUCUCUGCGACAUUCUGUACAAAAAAUGUGCUGUAAUUGUGCGUUAGGCCUGGAGUUGGCAAAAAAUAAAAUGAAAUAAAAAAUAUUAAAAAUUAAUUAAAUUCCCUUUCCUUUUCUCUCUUUCUCCAUCAAAUAACUGUAGAGCUCUGCACCCCCACUGUUCCCUUUUCACCUUUUGUAUUUAAUUUUAAAGUCAGUCAGUGUACAACCGAAAGCUGGAUGCAAGAUAGAAACUAUAUUAAAAUGUACUGUUAUUUAAGAUGUAAUAAAAAGCAGUUUGAGAUGACCUCCUGUGUUGAGUGUGAUUCACUUAGAGCGGUUACCACUGAAGCUAGAAUGUUGCAGACUGUUUGGUUUCCUUGUAAUUAUGUUCAAGUCAAAUAAACAAUUUCUUAUCCACUGUUGAA